AUGGGUCUCACCAACGACAAGUUCCCCUCCUCCGCUGCUUUCGACGCCAUCAACGAUGCGCUCGGCUCCAGCGAGCCUGACCGUAAGGAUGCCAUCAAGCAGGGCAACGCCAUCUUCGCCUUCACCCUGAAGAACUCUGCCGGCGAGACUGACAGCUGGCACAUUGACCUCAAGGAGAAGGGCGUAGUUGCCAAGGGCACCGGCGAGAAGCCCACUGUCACCCUGUCUCUGUCCGACGCCGACUUUGGCAACCUCGUCCAGGGCAAGGCCAACGCUCAGAAGCUUUUCAUGUCUGGCAAGCUCAAGAUCAAGGGCGACGUCAUGAAGGCCACCAGGAUGGAGCCCAUCCUGAAGAAGGCUCAGUCUAAGGCCAAGUUGUAA